AUGGCCGGUAGGCUUGGCUACAUACCAUUGGUUUUGGAAAAUCCGGAUGUCCUUCACGAGACCAAACGCCAGCAGGUCAAAGGCAUGCCGCUGUGCGAUUGUUCAAACUGCAAACCUCUUGAGGCGGAGAGCCUGUGGCUUGCUCAGCCGACUCUUACCAACGCAAACUUUGACGAAGCUUUGCAGAUGGACGAAGAGGCACUGGAAACUCUCGCAUCGGAAUUUCUACCACCGCCGCUACCUACUCCAGGUGAUAAUCGACCCGUGGCCCUUCUAUGUGGGGCGGAUGAUGAAAUCCUCGACUGCCCGAUUGUUGAAACUCUCGUCACAUGUAUGGAGCGUGCGUUCGCGCUGUUUUUUUUGGAAAGAUUCACUAGACCUUCUGCACUUGGGCCAAGCGAUUAUUUCGGCCGAGACCUUGCUUGGGACGUAGCGAAAAACUUUGAUGUGCUCAGGGUCCCGAGUGAUCUCGAGCUCAUAUUGGUCAGUGAAACUCUCGAAGGCCAGUUCGAUUGCCUCUUUGGAGCCUUUUUACAAUGGAAGGACGAAAAUGACUCAGCACCCGCCAUAGCUGCCGCAGCUAAAAGACGCCAGGCUGUGAACCGACCAAAAAACAACUUGGCCGUGCCCCAAUCCGUCGAGGGAUCUCAGAUGCACAAAGAUAGAACUGCGGCGGCGAAACUGGCCAACAAAGAGGCGCGCGAGUCCAAAAAGAAGCAGUUGGCGAGUGAGAAGGCCGCGGCAAAAGAGAAACAAAUGUCUGACAAGCGCACAGCGGACGCGAUCAGAUUGGAAGCCAAAUUGGCUGCUAGCACGGGUUGA